UUUUAUUAGAAAUAUUAUAGUCAUACCAAUCAAAAAACAGUAUUAGCCUAGGCAUAAUAAUUUUUACGUUUUGAGAAUCUGUGCAGUGUAAGCAAUUCCACAGAUAGAGCAUGAAGUGGUUUUUGUUAUUUGUGAUAACCCUUGGCUUGGGAUUAGCGCAGCCUAAUUCGACCUAUAACCAUUUUCGCUUGCCGACUGCGCUUCGACCACAGAAGUACGACUUGCGAGUGCUGACACGACUCGAAAAUCCAGAGGAACUCCGAUUCAGCGGCACUGUGAAAAUCGUAAUUGAAGCCCUGCAGAACACCAAAAAUAUAACACUUCACUCAAGGGAUUUGGCGUUUAAUGAGUCUCAGAUUACUCUUCGCCAAAUCAGCGGAGAAAAGAAGACUGAUAACUGUGUGACCUCCACGGUGGUGAAUCCCACUCACGACUUCUAUAUUCUCAACACGUGCGAAGAACUAUUGGCUGGCCAUGUAUAUGAGCUGAGAUUGAUAUUUUCAGCCGAGUUGAACCGACAACCGGAGGGCUAUUACCGAAGCUCCUACGUGGAUCCAGCGGAAAAUGAGACAAGAUGGAUCUCCAUUACCCAAUUUGAACCGGCAUCGGCUCGAUUGGCAUUCCCCUGCUUCGAUGAGCCCGGUUAUAAGGCACCCUUUGUGAUCGCAUUGGGUUAUCACAAGAACUUCACGGGACUUAGCAAUAUGCCCGUAAAGGAAACUAAGCCACAUGAAUAUCUGGCCGAUUACGUAUGGACCGAGUUUCAAGAGUCAUUGCCAAUGUCAACUUACCUGGUGGCAUAUUCCGUGAAUGAUUUCUCUCACAAGGUAUCUACUUUGACGAAUGGCUCUGUUUUUAGGACUUGGGCAAGACCCAAUGCCAUCGAUCAGUGUGAUUAUGCCGCAGAGUUUGGACCAAAAGUGCUUCAAUAUUAUGAACAGUUGUUCGGCAUUGAAUUCCCGCUUUCAAAGAUUGAUCAGAUAGCUGUCCCAGACUUCAACGCGGGUGCCAUGGAGAAUUGGGGUCUGGUAACAUAUAGAGAGACAGCACUCCUGUACUCCGAUGCGUUUUCCUCACUAGAGGACAAACAGCACCUUUCGAAUGUAGUAGCUCAUGAGUUGGCUCACCAGUGGUUUGGUAAUUUAGUGACCAUGAAGUGGUGGACUGAUCUGUGGCUCAACGAGGGAUUUGCCACGUAUGUAGCUAGCUUGGGGGUGGAAAGCAUCCAUCCAGAGUGGCGUUCCAAGCAGCUGGAGUCGUUGUCCAACCUGCUAACAAUUUUCCGAAAGGACUCCUUAGAGAGCAGUCAUCCCAUUUCGAGGCCAAUUGAAAUGGUUUCGCAGGUCUUUGAAAGCUUCGAUGUGAUUUCAUAUGAAAAAGGAUCAUCUGUGCUCCGCAUGAUGCACUUAUUCCUGGGAGAUGAGGCAUUCCGAUCCGGUCUGAAAUCGUAUCUAGAAAGGUUCGCUUAUAAGAACGCUGAACAGGAUGAUCUUUGGGAGUCACUUACUCAAGCCGCCCAUAAAACUGGCGCUCUGGCAAAGAACUUUGACAUUAAGACCAUCAUGGACUCGUGGACGCUGCAAACCGGCUACCCAGUGAUCACUGUGACGCGCGACUAUACGGAUAGGAUUGCAAAACUCAGUCAGGAGCGCUACCUCCUGAAUACGGAUAUAUCUAGGGUGCACCGCCGGGAAUGUUGGUGGGUUCCACUUAGCUACACCACGCAGGCGGAGAAGGAUUUCAACAACACGGCCCCCAAAGCAUGGAUGGAGUGCAGCCAGACUGGCGAGAGUCUUCCAAAGACUAUUCAGGAUCUGCCUGAUACCGAUCAAUGGGUGAUCUUCAAUAAUCAGCUGUCGUCGCCUUACAAGGUUAACUACGACGCACAAAAUUGGAAGCUUCUGAUCGAAACUUUGAACAGUGAGGAAUUCCAGACCAUCCACGUGGUCAAUAGGGCCCAGCUUAUAGACGAUGUCCUGUAUUUCGCCUGGACUGGGGAACAGGACUACGAGAUAGCGCUGCGAGUGAUAGAUUAUCUGCAAAGAGAGAGGCAUCUACUUCCUUGGAAAUCGGCCUUGGAACAUUUAACGCUUCUGGGUCGCAUUGUCCGACCAACACCCAACUUUCAAUCUUUCAAGCGCUUCAUUAAAAAACUGAUCACCCCCAUUUACGAGGACUUGAAUGGAAUUAACGACACAUACAAACCUAUCCAAGCGCAGGAUGAAAUCCUGCUGAGAACGACUGUGGCCACCUGGGCAUGCAACUACCAGGUAUCCGAUUGUGUACCCCAGGCUUUGGCUUACUUCCGAAGCUGGCGAUCGGAAACUAAUCCUGACGAGAAAAACCCGGUGCCCAUCGAUGUUCGAAGCACUGUCUAUUGCGCCGCAAUCAAACAUGGAUCCGAUGAGGAUUGGGAGUUCCUCUAUGAGCGAUACCUAAAGUCCAAUGUGGCGUCCGAAAAGCUGACCAUUAUCGAUGGUCUUGCUUGCUCACGGGAGGUAUGGCUGCUUCAGCGAUCUCUGGAGAUGAUCUUUGACCCGAAGGAAGUCAUUCGGAAGCAUGAUUCGGCGUGGGCCUUUAAGGCGGUGGCCUACAACGAGGUGGGCUUCCUGCUGGCCAAGAAGUACUUCAUGGAAAACGUGAACAGUAUCUACCAGUUCUAUUAUCCCUUAUCCAAGACCAUGUCUCGACUUUUGCCGCCGCUCUACGACCAGGUCUCCACCCGAGGGGAAUACAAUGAGUUUAAGGAGUUCGUUGCCAAUUCGCAGGAGUCGCUGAAGGGCAUGGAUCAGGCAAUCCAACAGACCUUGGAGAUUAUGCUCACUAAUGUGCAGUGGAGGGAGCGGAACUAUCAUAAAUUCACACGAGCCAUUAAUCAGCUCCUGUAGUGAUCGCUUUUUAAAUAUUUGAGGUCCUGUAUUGUUUCUUUGAGGGCAAAAAAAAUCCAACAUUAUGUAAUCUUCACUGAAUACGGGAGAAGCUGCAAACUAUUUCUGGUAAUAAAUUGAGCUCUGUACGCCCAUUUUUAUAAUUAUAACGCAGAAUCCUCUUGACAUAUCCUGGAGAACAACAUUACCCUGCUAUAUUAGUCAGCCAGUUUAGAAUUAGACUUAUGUGAAUAUAUGUAUGUUGUAUAUUUCGUAUAUUUAGAUAAGCAUGUUCUAUAAUGCUAAUCAAUAAUAAACAUAAAUAUAAUUUGAA